UGAACUCAGCCACCAUGCCGCCUCCGAGCCUCACCAUCCUUCGCAGCUACGCGCGACGCGCGGACCCAGGGUCGCUCCCGCCUUCAAUAUUGCUCACCCACACGGAGCACACGCUCACAAUCUUCGACGCGUAUCCGAAGUCGAUCUUUCAUUUCCUCGUCCUUCCACGCGUCAUUCCGCCUUUGACCGCCUCGGACCUCUCCAGCUUCAAAAGCGUCCUCAAAGGGGACAAGUCUCGAGCAAAGGAAGUGAUCGGAUGGCUUGCGGAGGACGCAAAGCAGGUGCGGUCGAUGAUUGAGGACGAGAUGAUGACGCGGUAUCACUGCAAGUGGGACGUCUGGAUGGGCUUUCACGCAGUGCCUUCCAUGGAGCACAUACACUUGCAUGUCCUCUCCGCGGAUCUCUGUUCGCCUUCCAUGAAGAACAAGAAGCAUUACAACUCCUUCCAUCCAAAACGCGGGUUCUUCGUACCACUUUCGGUUGUCCAAGAAUGGUUGGAGGCCGAGCCGUCUUACUUUGCCACGAUGUCGCAACUCAAGCCGAGCCAAUAUGAGCCUCUGCUGAAGGAGCAACUCGAGUGCUGGAAGUGCAACAGGGAAUUCAAGACCAUGCCGCUCCUGAAGGCGCACCUGCAAGGAGAAUGGGAAGCAGAGGCGAAGCAAGAAAAGGCCAAACUGGAAAGGAAACGCAAACGAACACCCGAUGAACAAGAAAACCUUGAAGGGAACGCGGAUAGUAAAGAAGACGAGCCGAACCACAAACGACAAGCACAGGCACACUCUGGGUCUCCUGUCGCUUCAUCGUAGCUUCCUUCUACGUCCUUCAGCUGUUGGUCCAGGUCGAGUCGG